AUGAAUUCUAGCAUGGAUCACGGCUCAAUAGCUGAAGUACUUAGAAAUUUCAUGGUUACAGCAACUAACUGGUCUUCUUCCAGUCCAGUGUGCAGCUGGAUUGGAAUCAGUUGCAGCUCUCGCCACCAUAGAGUCGCAGCUUUAGACAUUAGUAACAACCCUCUCCGUGGAGAGUUGCCAGAAGAGUUGGCUCAUUUGCAAAGGGUGAAACUGGUUAAUGUGACAGGAAACAGGUUUUCAGGUACUCUACCUUCAGAUUUAGGCCGUCGACUGCCCAACCAGGAAAAAUUUUCUUGUUCAAGUAAUCUUUUGAGCUGUUUUAUCUCGUCUUCAAUCUCAAAUUCUUCAAGACUCACGGGACUUGAUAUCUCAUGGAAUAGUUUCACAGAUCCAAUUCCUGAAUCACUUGCAUUGAGCUUCUUUACAUCACUCACAAACUGUAGGGAACUAAGAGUACUCAAAUUUGAUCGGAAUCCGUUGGACGGUGUUUUUUCUGCAUCAGUUAGAAAUUUUUCUGCUACACAAAUUUUUGAAGAACAGGGUUGUAAACUGAAGGGCGUCAUUCCGGAAGAAAUUGGUAAUCUUACUACAAUGACAAUGAUGAGUCUGCAAAACAAUGAGUUGGCUGGACAUAUUCCAAAUACUAUCCAAAGAAUGUUGAACCUUCAAGAACUUUACCUGCAAAGCAACAAGAUAGAAGGACCCAUACCAGAUAUUAUCUGCAAUUUAAAGAAUCUUGGUGCAUUAGACUUAUCAGGAAAUCAUUUUUCUGGUUCAGUGCCACCAUGCUUAGGAAGUGUUACCAGUUUGAGCUAUGUUGCGCGGACUCUCCAAAAUGUUGCCUGGGGAAAUUCCUCUAGAGAUUGGAAAUUUAAGGCUGCAAUGCUCAUCGAUCUGUCAAAAAAUGAUUUUCCUGCCCUUGCAUAUGUAUUUUUAAGAUUGCGAAAGAAAAAGAAGAAUGCAGGUCAAGCAGAUGUGUCUAUGGUAAAAGGGCAUGAAAGAAUUUCCUAUUAUGAACUUGAACAAGCAACAAAAGGAUUCAGUGAAAGCAACUUGCUUGAGAUAAAUAUAAUGAUAGAUGUUGCAUCUGCAAUGGACUAUCUCCACAAUGGCUAUUCAACACCUGUGGUGCAUUGUGAUAUGAAGCCAAGCAAUGUCUUGCUAGAUCAAGAUAUGGUUGGCCAUGUCACUGAAAUUGUUAGCCAGUGGAUCAUAGCAAAGAUGCAGUGUAUGUUAUCUAUCAUGGAAUUAGCUUUGAGCUGCACUCUAGUUGCAAGAACUAGCAUAGAAGAAGCUCUCUGCUCACUUGAAAAGAUUAGGUCCAGUUUUGUCACUAGUCAACACUAG